CAUAAAGUCUUGGUUCGUCGUCCGAGCUUGCACCAAUCAAGGCAUCAAUGGAUUCCUAGUUCUCGAAGGUCUCAAAUGACCUAAGCUUUAGGGCUGUUGGGCUUCAAAAACGGGCUUGCAGCCACUCCAGGGCUUGCUGGACAAUGCUCGCUUUUAUCGCCUGGCCCUUUUGUAAGCCAGCCAUCGACACCCAUCGACACCCACAAAGACGCCGACGCCUCCUCGGAGCUGUGUAACCAAGCCAAGACGUUGCUUGCCGAUCCUACCGAGCAGCCAAACACGAUGGGGGACGCAAGCGAGGGCUUCUUCACUCCCCCACCUCCGCCUAAGUCGGCAUCCCCGCCCCGCAUCCUCAUCGUCGGCGCUGGCUCGAGGGGCCAAACCUACGCCCGCUCCGUCACGAGCGUGACCAACGGCGUCGUGGUCGCCGUCGCCGAGCCGGACCCCUACCGCCGCGGCCUGGUCGGCAAGGAGUGCAUCGCCGGCUGGGGCGGGCCCGACGGCGCCUACCCGCCGCCCAAGGGCUCCUCGUUCGCCAACUGGCGCGAGUUUGUGGCCUGGGAGCGCGCUCGCCGGGAGCGGGCAGCCGCGGCGAGCGGCAAUGGCCACGUGCCUGAGGGCAUCGAUGCCGCCUUCGUCUGCGUCCAGGACGAGAUGCACCGCGAGGUCGUGCUCGGGCUCGCGGAGCUGGGUGGCAUCCACAUCAUGUGCGAGAAGCCGCUGGCGACGCGGCUGGCCGACUGCGUCGAGAUGUACCGCGCCCUGCGGCGGAGCAACGCGCCCGGUGCCGGGCAGCAGCAGCAGCGCGGCCUCGUCUUCUCCAUCGGCCACGUCAUGCGCUACAGCCCGCACAACAUGGAGCUGCGCAGGCUGCUCCUGCAGGACCGCGUCGUGGGCGAGAUCCUCGACGUCGUGCACACGGAGCCCAUUGGCCACUGGCACUUUGCGCACAGCUACGUGCGCGGCAACUGGCGCCGCGAGGACACGUCGGCCCCGAGCCUGCUGGCAAAGUGCUGCCACGACGUCGACCUGCUGCUGUGGCUGCUGUGCUCGCCGCCCACGUGCGCGGCUCCUACUACCGAGGGGCAGCCCGGACCGCACAUCCCCUCCACAGUCUCGAGCUCCGGGUCGCUGAAGCUCUUCAAGCAGAGCCGGAAGCCGCGCGAGGCCGGGGCCGCCACCAACUGCCUCUCGUGCCCGAUCGAGAGCUCGUGCCAGUUCUCGGCCAAGCGCAUCUACGUCGACGGCAACGACGGGGACGCGAUGAGGAGUCUCGACUCGAGCAACAGGGACUGGCCGGUCGACGUCGUCCUCCCGGACAUUGAGAGCUACGGCGAUAAGGCACAGGCCAGAGCGGCGCUGCUGGCCGAGCUGGCCAAGGACUACGGAUCCAACGCGCCCGACAGCGCGGUGCGGGCGCGGAACUGGUUCGGCCGCUGCGUCUGGGAAAGUGACAACGACGUGUGCGACUCGCAGGUGGUGACAAUAACGUGGGACGAGGAGCAGGUGGCUUCCCCCGGCGGCGGCGGCGACAGCGGCAGCAGCCCGGGCCGCGGCGCCAAGACGGCGACGCUGCACAUGGUGGCGCAGACCAAGAAGAUCUGCCAGCGCUACACGCACGUCUACGGCGAGCACGGCGAGGUGUACGCCGACUCGGCCACCAUCACGGUCGAGGACUUCCGCACCGGCCGCACCACGGUGCACCGGCCCCGGCUCGAGAGCCUCGGGCACGGCGGCGGCGACAACGGCCUGGCGCGCCAGUUUGUCCUCGCCGUCGACCGGGUCAAGAACCACGGCUGGGACGCGGACCGGGCCCAGCGCGAGCACGUCGGCUGCACGCUCGACGACGUCCUGCGCAGCCACGCCGUCGUCUUUUGCGCCGAGGACGCGCGCAAGGGCCGCGCCGUCGUCGACUUUGGGCGCUGGUGGCGGGACGAGGUCGAGGCGGGGCUGGCGGCCGAGUGAGGGGAGAGGGUUGGGCGUUGCGUCUGUCCAUCACUACAUGUGCAUGAUCUAUCUGCCUACACAUACAUACAGUCAAGGUACCUGGCAAGCAUUGUAGCAAGGGCAUUUGGCCUCACUGAAUUGAUGUACCCCUCCCUUCAUCCACAUGUGUCACUUCUUCGCCAAGGUGAAGAUAGAAAGGACAUGGUGUUCACACAAUUACAUCUGGCUCGCAAUGCACCAAGUAACCCCAGCAGCUGUCGUUUCAUCAUGACC